AAGAAUAAAAAAAGAGAUAUAAGCAACAACAAAAAAAAAAAAAAGCAAAAAAGAAAUAGUCCAGAGGUUGCUCCACUUUUACCUCUGAAAUUUUUCUUUAAUUUUUGCGAAAUUUGAGGGGUCUCUCUGGUUAAUGGGAGGAAGAGUAGAUUCGCAACAAAGAGAGCGAUUCGUGUUGGUAGAUUGAUUCGUGGAUCAGUCGUUUAGUGUAAAGCAAUCUUCAGAUGUCAGGUCCUGUUGAUCGCUUCGCAAUACCAUGUUUCGAGGGACUGUUGAGCAGCGAGGAGAAGAAAGAGCGCAAGUCCGACUUCGAGAUCUCGGAAGACGAGAGGCGAACAAGAAUCGGCUCUCUCAAGAAGAAGGCCAUCAACGCCUCCACCAAGUUCAAACACUCCCUCAAGAAGAAGAAGCGCCGCAAAAACGAAGGCCGCGUCAGCUCCGUCUCCAUCGAGGACGUCCGCGACGUCGAGGAGCUUCAAGCCGUCGACGAGUUCCGGCAAGCCUUGGUCAUGGACGAGCUCCUCCCUUCCAAACACGACGACUACCACAUGAUGCUACGGUUCUUGAAGGCGAGGAAGUUCGACGUCGAGAAGGCGAAGCAGAUGUGGGGGGACAUGAUCCAGUGGAGGAAGGAGUUUGGUACAGACACCAUCAUCCAAGACUUUGAGUUUGAGGAGAUUGAUGAUGUUUUGAAGUAUUACCCGCAGUGUUAUCACAGUGUGGAUAAAGAAGGGAGGCCUGUGUAUAUCGAGAGGCUUGGGAAAGUUGAUCCCAAUAAGCUGAUGCAGGUCACGACGAUUGAUAGGUAUCUUAGGUAUCAUGUGAAGGAGUUUGAGAGGAGUUUCAUGAUCAAGUUCCCUGCUUGCACGAUCGCUGCGAAGAAGCAUAUUGACUCUAGCACGACCAUCUUGGACGUGCAGGGAGUGGGGUUGAAGAACUUUAGCAAGUAUGCUCGUGAGCUUGUUACUAGGUUGCAGAAGAUUGAUGGAGAUAACUAUCCCGAGACGCUUCACCAGAUGUUCAUCAUCAACGCGGGGACUGGAUUCCGCGUGAUUUGGAGCACUCUGAAGAGCUUCCUUGACCCCAAAACAACUUCUAAGAUUCAUAUGCUUGGAAACAAGUAUCAGAGCAAAUUGCUUGAGGUUAUCGAUUCCAGCGAGUUGCCUGAGUUUUUGGGUGGUACAUGUACUUGCGCUGAUCAGGGAGGUUGUAUGCUUUCUGAUAAAGGGCCUUGGAAAAAUCCUGAUAUUUUGAAGAUGGUUCUACACGGGGGAGCUCACCGAGCGAAGCAGGUGGUGAAAGUUCUGAACAGCGAAGGAAAAGUGAUUGCGUAUGCAAAGCCAUCUUAUCCAUGGAUAAAGGGAAGUGACACCUCAACCGCAGAGUCAGGUUCUGAAGCUGAAGAUGUAGUUGUCUCUCCAAAGGCAAUUAAAAAUUAUUCUCAUCUCCGCUUGACCCCUGUUCGUGAAGAGGCAAAGAUUGGGUCUGGUGAAACGAGCUUUGCCAGUAGUUUGGCUGGUUAUGAUGAGUAUGUUCCAAUGGUUGACAAAGCUGUUGACGCCACCUGGAAGGUCAAACCCACCACCACCAUCAACAGGGCUCAGUCCAAAGGAGCUCUUGUUACUCCAAAUGUCCCAAAGGAGCAUGAAAGCAUCAAUGCUCGUGUCCUAGUAUUUUUCAUGGCGAUUGUGAUGGCGAUUCUCGCAUUCUUCCGCACAUUAUCAAACCGUGUUGUGACCAAGCAGCUUCCUCCUCCCACAAGACAACCGCAAAUAGAAGGAAACACUGCUGCUAAAGAGGAGGAAGCUGAGCUCCUCAAUUCAGUGCUGAAGAAAUUAACGGAACUUGAGGAGAAGAUUGGAGCGCUGCAGUCAAAGCCAAAUGAGAUGCCUUAUGAGAAAGAAGAGCUGCUUAACGCAGCUGUUUGCCGUGUAGACGCCCUUGAAGCCGAGCUCAUAGCCACGAAAAAGGCUCUAUAUGAAGCUCUGAUGAGGCAAGAAGAAUUACUCGCUUACAUUGAUCGUCAAGAGUUUGCUCAGUCCCAGAAGAAGAAGAAGAGGAAGCACAUGUUCUGUUUUUAAGAAGAUGAAGAAGAAGAAGCGUCUAUCUAUCUGCCUUCUCUUUCUUUUUUCCUUUGUAGAUUUUUCAUUUAUAAAGAAGAGGAACAGAACAAGUGUUCAUUUAAAACAAAGAAGUUUUCAUCUCAUUUUGUGUUUAAAUCAAUUCAAAGAGGAGAGAGUUCUCUCUCUCUUUUAUCA